AUGCUGGAUAAGCGAGUGUUGGAUAAGUGAGACUCUACUGUACUUCCUUGCCUUCUUGGACAAACAGCCUUGCACUGGAUGUUACUGGUCUUCUUGAAAUAAAAAUAAAACUCAUAUUGCAUCAAAGAUAAGACAUAGGAAUGUGUACUUUGCAGGAUGAGUUGAGUUUUAGGGCAUUCAUUCUCCUCCCCAUUUCAAAUGUCACUCUGGAUGGUGCAAUGGGGACCCCCAGGAAUCUUAGCAAUGCUACAAGUUAAACUUGUUUUCCUGGAACCAGCUGGGCAAGAAUAUCUGCCUGGGGACAUAUUUGAGAAACACGGCGAUAUCAACAGUAUUUGAGCGGGGUGGUUUGGAUGGCCCAUUGAGCCUUAGAAUAUACCCGUUUAUAAAGGUCUACUCCAGUGGUUCUCAACCUGUGGGUUCCCAGGUGUUUUGGCCUAGAACUCCCAGAAAUCUCAGCCAGUUUGCCAGCUGUUGGGAUUUCUAGGAGUUGAAGGCCAAAACAUCUGGGAACCCACAGGUUGAGAACAACUCGACUAUUCUAAGAUGCCAUACUUGAGUCAAAGAUUAGAAUGGUUAUAUUUUGUAGAACAGCUUCCAGAAUCCUCCUGGUUAUGCUGGCUAAUGAAUUUGGGGAGUGGUCAUCCAAAAUGCAACUUGUCCAAAUUUUGAAUUGGUUACUAAUUAAAAAUGGGUUGACAUGUGAAAUGUUGCUUCUAAGUCAAGCCUUAACUCUAGUUCUGCAAGAGCCAUUUCUUGAAAAGGCUUCAGCAUCUCAUUCUCCAGCGGAGAGAUAUGAAUUGUGUGGACAUCUAACUGGACUGGAGCUCAUUUAUUGCAUUGUAUUCAUAAUGGUAAAAACGUUGUAUAUUUAGAAAACCAGGCUCUACAAUAGGAGCAUAACAUUACAAUAAAGGUAAAGGUUUUCCUCUGACAUUAAGUCCAGCCGUGUCCAACUCUGGGGGUUGAUAUUCAUCUCCAUUUCUAAGCCGAAGAGCCGGCGUUGUCCGUAGACACCUCCAAGGUCAUGUGGCCAACAUGACUGCAUUGAGCGCCGUUACCUUCCCGCUGUGCUGUACCUAUUGAUCUACUCACAUUUGUAUGUUUUCAAACUGCUAGGUUGGCAGAAGCUGGGGCUAAUAGCAGGAGCUCACUCCGCUCCCUGGAUUCAAACUGGGCAACCUUUUGGUCAGCAAGUUCAGCAGCUCAUCGGUUUAACCCGCUGUGCCAUCUGGGGCUCCAUUAAACAAAUUAUAAAACAAACUAUUCCAUCCUAAAAGCUUAAAGUAAUAAAGGUCUUUCCAGAUAUUUAUAAUAUGGACUUCUGGGUUGAACUUAUUUCAUAAAUAGCAGAGCCAACACUGAAAAGGCCAUGCUACUAAGAGCUGCAUGAUCUCAAUAGGCAGAAGUGAUCUCUGGUUUAAGACUCAACUGACUGAUCAUUUCUCUUCAAGCUGUGGGAUAUGGAUGUUAGAGCAGAGGUUUUGAAGUUGCUUGCACAGAUGUUUUCUGUUCCAAAUUAAAUGGAAAGGUGAGGGAGACCCAUAAUUCCACCCUGAACAUUAUUCCACAGAUAUAUAAACCACACUUGCCUAGUUUCCAACAGACCUCCCAACCUCUGAGGAUGCCUGCCACAGAUGUGGGUGAAACAUCAGGAAAGAAUGCUUCUAAAACAUGGCCAUACAGCCGGGAAAACUAACAGCAACCCAGACCCAUAAUCCUUUGUACCUGAUGGAAUGAAUCCUGGUUUUGUUCAAUUUAUUCUCUUUUUUUCUCCUCUACUGCAGAAUCCUAGCAGCCAAUAUAAGGAAUCUUUGCUGGAGACAUGGCGGCAAAGGGCUCGACUUUGGUUGUGACGUUACUGGUGAUGGGCAAUGUUAUUAUCAUGCUCGCAGGACUGGCCCUUUAUGCCGAGUCUAUCUGGGUAACAGCCGAUCCGUACAAAGUGUACCCCAUCAUGGGAGUGUCAGGCAAGGAUGAUGUCUAUGCAGGUGCCUGGAUUUCCAUUUUCACUGGGUUUUCGUUCUUCUGCGUCUGCGUCUUUGGCAUCAUCAGCCUCGUGAAUGGCAACCGCCUGAUGGUGUUGUUGUAUCUGGUGCUAAUCCUGGUUGUCUACCUGUUUGAGUGUGCUUCUUGCAUCACCUCCUACACGCAUCGUGAUUUCGUCGUUUCAAAUUCCAGGUUGAUAACCAAACAGAUGUUGUCCUACUACUCUGAGGAUUCAUACCAAGGACGGGAACUCACCCGUAUGUGGAAUCGCUUCAUGAUGGAGCAACAGUGCUGUGGCACCAAUGACCCCAUGGAUUGGGUGAACUACACCUCGGUCUUCCGAAGAAGAUAUCCUGAAAUUGUGGCUCCCUGGCCGUUCUUCUGUUGCAAGCGGGAUCGGAACUUCAUUAUCAUCAAUGAGGAAGGAUGCCGACUGGGGCAUGUGGAUUACAUCAACACACAGGGCUGCUUUGAGCACAUUAAACAUGCCGUACAGAGUUAUGCCUGGGGCGUCUCCUGGUUCGGAUUUGCCAUUCUUAUGCUCACGUGCCCUGUCGUUCUUCUGGCUAUAUAUCAUUACACUACAAUGUGAGGAGCCCCGCUGGUGAAGCUGAAUUUGUCCCAUGAUGUCCUAUACUCUUCUUGGACAACCGAGACACCUUGAAUCAUCUCUCUGGUUUCUGUUUGUACACAAGCUUUCCAGGACUGGCCUCAUCACUGGGCUGGAUUCCCUCUGGCUGCUUCUGCUGAGUACCUUUAGCUUUAUCAUUUUGUCACAUGAAUCUGCUAUGGAACAUUUGUUCCCAGCAACAUCUAUGUAAUUCCUUUUUUUAAAAAAAAAAAAGUAAAAUAAAUAUUACUUAAAAUUCAUAA